AUGAAAAAUGAAGAAGCAGUUCCCCACUACCCUGCUGAGAGUGGUACCUCUGUAUACCAAUUAAACUGUGCCGGUACAGAAAGCAGACUGGAUGCCUGCACUCAUGGAUGGAUAGGCUACCCCAGUUCAACGUACUGCUCGGCAACCUCGGCCGUGGACGCCGGGGUCGCCUGUGAAGCACCCGACGAUGGACAACUUCGUCUGGUGGACGGCAACGGCUACAACAGUGGCCGUGUGGAGAUAAAGUUUGCAGGAGGCUGGAGGCGCAUUUGUGACUAUGGAUGGGGAAGCAACGACGCCGCAGUUGUCUGCAGACAGUUGGGGUAUAGCGGAUACGUUAGUAGUGCAAGAGCCGAUGGAGACAUUCGCCUUCAAGAUGGAGACACACAGUACCAAGGACGUGUGGAGAUCUACUACAGCGGGGAGUGGCGGAGGGUGUGUGAGGAGGGGUGGGGACUUAACGACGCCAAAGUUGCCUGCAAGCAGCUAGGCUACGAAGAUGUCCACACGGCAUAUAUCAACUAUAACCCCAGAGGUACAGGAUCCUAUUGGUUGUCCGACAUCAAUUGUGCCGGAACUGAAGAGGGUUUGUACAACUGUUCUUCUCGAGGGUGGGGCACCAUCAACUCUUACUGUGGCACCGGAGACUACGACGAUGCUGGAGUCAUCUGUAAAGCACCUGGCGAUGGUGCAGUUCGCCUGGUGAACACAACUAGCCCCUACGAAGGCCGUGUUGAGGUGUACUAUGGUGGGGAGUGGGGGCGUGUUUGUGACUACAACUGGGGCUUCAGUGAUGCCAAGGUGGUUUGCAGGCAACUUGGAUUAGCUGGGGCUCAUACAUCUUUUAGGGGCUGGAGUCCUAGGGGCACCGUUGAUUGA